AUGUUCAAAAAGAUGCACCCUCGCUUGGAUCUGCUUGUUAACAACGCUGGGGUUGUUGGGGGCACGUACACAAAGACAGUGGACGGCUAUGAACUUCAGUUCGCCACCAACUACCUGGGGCAUUUUGCGUUGACAGCGCAACUCUUCGACCAGCUAAAGAAGAGCGAGUCGUCUCGGGUCGUCACCGUUAGCAGUCUCCUUCAUCGUCACGCAUACUUCUUCUUUAACGAGGACAAGAUCAUGGCCAACAAUGAGGAAGAGUACGGACAGAUCACGACUUAUUGUGUCUCGAAGCUCUGCAACCUUCUCUUCACGCUGGAGCUUGAUCGUCGACUGAAAGCUGCGGGCAUCAACAACAUUACCACAGCAGCUGCUCACCCUGGAUACUGCGAUACCAAGAUCAUGAAGAAAGGUGCAGAUACCAACCGCGACAGCUGGCUCUGGUGGUUGGUUUUCCGCACGGUGGCGGUCGCGCCGCCACAAAGUGCGGAGAAGGGAGCGCUGCCAAUUCUGUAUGCUGCCACGGCUGACGGUGUAAAGGGUGGCGAUUACUUCGGACCAAAGUACUUGGAGUGCUAUGGCUCACCGAUUCGCGAGGACCCGUCGACCUUGAGUAAGUCUGAGCCUGCAGCUGUCAAGCUCUGGGCGUUCAGCGAGAAGCUCACACACCUUACGUUUGAGGUGGUCAAGUGA